AUGUUCCGAGACUUGGAUCCAGACAGCAGUGGUUCAGACGAAGAUAAAAAGCACAGCCUAACGCCGCGCUGCCGCGGAGGAGCGGCCCGCCUCGCCCCCGGACGCCGCGGAGAGCGGCGGCCCCUCGGCCACCGGCCCGCCCCGACACCCGGCCCCGCCCGACCCCUCCCCAGCGGCGCGGGGCCCCCCACGGCCCGAGCCCGGCCGGCCCGACGGGCGCUGCGGCCCCGCACCUCGGCCCUGCCGCAGGCCGCCCCACGGCGCGGCCGCCCCCGCGCUGCCGCGGCAGGGGGGCCCCAGCCCUCCCCAGACCCGGCCCCGGCCCCGGCCGUACUCACCCCCGGCCAAGUGCGAGGGCUGCACCACAAUGGCAGGCGGGCGGGAAGCGCCUCACUCUGGGGCACGGGCAGAGCCACCGCCGGCGGCUGCGCCCCGUCGCUCAUGCACGGCGGGGUCUGCGGCCGCCCCGCGCCGGCCCCCGGCCACCACCUGCGCGGAGCCGCCGGGCACAGGUGCCCCGGUCCCGCUCCGCACCGGCCGGUGCAAGCUGCGCCCCCGACAGGCAAGGACCGCGCUCCCGCCGCCCCGGCGAGUGCCCCGGGGCUGCCCGCCGCUGUCACACCCGCCGGCCGGGGGGGCCACCUGCGGCCCGGCCGCCACCUAAACCCCAGCUCGUCGGGAGAGGCACAGGUGCUGCCAGGCGGUGCCUGUCUGGGCCCUGCAGGGGUGCGGGCUGCCCGUGCCGGGUGUCUAGCAAAGGAAAGGAGAGGCCGAUUUUUGGGAACGGACGAGAAUUCCAUCCGUAUGGAUGCGGCGCACCGGGCAGUCGUAAGAAAGGUUCGGCCUGCCGGAAUAGAGUUUGAUGGAGAAGUGGAAACUGACACAGAGAGUGAAGUUUGCCAGGGUUUGCAUCAGGUGUCCUGUCUGCCAUGCUCUUCUGACGAAUCUUUGUUCUGCCAGCAUGAAUUUCCCAAUGUAACUGGUUUUUUAUCACUUGCAGAAGAUGAAGUAAAGGACAAGAAAACUAACAAACAACGCCUUAGGGAAACUGGCAGAGCAAGCAGACUUCAAAGCAAAAAGCAAGAGAAAGACAAAGAAGAAAAACAAGACAAAGAAGAAGAUGAGAGCAAAGAGGAAGACAAUGGCAGCCAGCAAAACAGAGCUUCGAGGAGAAAAAAAUACCAAAGGAAAAACAGAGAUGGAAAAAAGGCAAGAGAGGAAGGAAACCAGAAGAAAGACAGAGGCAAAAUGGCUCCUAACAAAGAUCAAAAGGAAUCAGAAAACAAAGAAAAGAAAACAACCAAGAGAGGGAAGGAGGGGGAGAAUAAACAGAAGAAAGGCAGGAAAAACAGUACUUCUUCUGCUUCCUCCAACUCCUCUGAUGAGGAGUCACUGUCAGAGGAAGAGCUGGCGAUGCUGAAGGAGCAGGUGGAGCAAAAGAAAAAACUGAUUUCCACCAUGAGGAACAAGCCCUGGAGGAUGGUGAAGAAGCUCUCGGUGCUCAGGGAGGCACAAGAUUUUGUAGAGAAGUUUGAAGGAGCACUGGGAAAAGGAAAGGGCAAAAAGUUGUAUGCAUAUAAGAUGAUGAUGGCAAAGAAAUGGGUGAAAUUUAAGAGAGACUUUGAAAAUUUUAAAACUCAGUGCAUACCCUGGGAGAUGAAGAUAAAGGAAGUGGAGAGUCACUUUGGCUCCUCCGUUGCUUCCUACUUCAUAUUUCUGCGCUGGAUGUAUGGAGUAAAUCUUGUCCUUUUCGGGUUAAUAUUUGGACUGGUUAUCAUUCCAGAGGUCCUGAUGGGAAUGCCAUAUGGGAGUUUGCCAAGGAAAACUGUACCCCGGGCUGAACAAGAAACAGCUAUGGAUUUUUCAGUUCUUUGGGAUUUUGAGGGCUACAUCAAAUACUCAGCUCUCUUUUAUGGCUACUACAACAACCAGAGGACAAUUGGCUGGUUGAAAUACAGGCUGCCAAUGGCAUAUUUCAUGGUUGGGAUCAGCGUAUUUGGCUACAGCCUGAUGGUUGUUAUAAGAUCGAUGGCUCGCAAUGCCAAUGAAAGCACGGCAGAUGGGGAUGAUGACAACUUCAUUUUCAGCUGGAAAAUGUUCACCAGCUGGGACUACCUCAUUGGCAACCCAGAGACAGCAGACAACAAGUUUGCAUCCAUCACCACCAGCUUCAAGGAGUCCAUUGUAGAUGAGCAAGAAAGCAACAAGGAUGAGAACAUCCACCUGAGGAGGUUCCUAAGGGUUUUGGCCAAUGUCCUCAUCAUAUGCUGCUUGUGUGGGAGUGGCUACCUCAUUUAUUUUGUGGUGAAACGCUCACAGACAUUUUCCAAAAUGCAAAACGUUGGGUGGUAUGAAAGAAAUGAGGUUGAAAUUGUGAUGUCCUUGCUGGGCAUGUUUUGCCCUCCGCUGUUUGAAACCAUCGCUGCCCUAGAAAAUUACCAUCCCCGCAUCGGGCUGAAGUGGCAGCUGGGGCGGAUCUUCGCCCUCUUCCUCGGAAAUCUCUACACAUUUCUGCUGGCCUUGAUGGAUGAUGUCAACGAAAAACUGGCAGAAGAGGAUGUGGUAAAAAACAUCACUCACUGGACACUGCUUGGUCACCACAACUCGUCUGCAGGGAAUGACAGCACUGUCACCCCACCGCCCCUUGACCCUGCAGACGUGCCCAGGGGACCCUGCUGGGAGACAACUGUCGGCAUCGAGUUUGUGAGGCUCACCGUGUCUGAUAUCCUGGUGACCUACAUAACCAUUCUGGUGGGAGAUUUCAUCCGAGCUUGCUUUGUCAGAUUUGUGAAUUACUGUUGGUGCUGGGACCUAGAGGCUGGAUUUCCAUCCUAUGCAGAGUUUGACAUUAGUGGCAACGUUUUGGGUCUGGUUUUCAACCAGGGAAUGAUUUGGAUGGGAUCCUUUUACGCACCAGGGCUCGUGGGUAUAAACGUGCUGCGCUUAUUAACCUCCAUGUAUUUUCAGUGCUGGGCUGUUAUGAGCAGCAAUGUCCCUCAUGCAAGAGUCUUCAAAGCAUCCAAGUCUAACAAUUUUUACAUGGGAUUGCUGCUGCUGAUCCUCUUCCUCAGCCUCCUGCCUGUGGCUUACACCAUCAUGUCCCUGCCUCCCUCCUUUGACUGUGGACCUUUCAGUGGAAAGAAAAGGAUGUAUGACGUCAUUCAAGAGACCAUCGAGCUCGAUUUUCCACUUUUUGUUGCCAAGAUCUUCAGCUAUGUGGCAAAUCCAGGACUGAUCAUACCUGCAAUUCUGCUCAUGGUCCUCACCAUCUAUUACCUGAAUGCUGUGUCCAAAGCAUAUCAGCGUGCCAACGCAGAGCUGAAGAAGAAAAUGCAAAUGCAACGAGAAGAGGAGAAAAACAAGAGAAACAACAAAGCCAGCACCAACCCUAUGCUGCAAGAUCUGGAGGAUUUACUCACACCAAGUAUGAAGACUGAAAGCCCCCCCAAACAUGCAGAAGACAAGAAAAUCGAGUCUCCAAAUGGAUCCAGCCCUGCCAGGAAACCAGGCAGAGGAGAAGCCCUGGCUGGCAGCCCCAUGGCCGGCGGGAGGGGAGCAGCAUUCACCCCACCUUCACAAGUGUUUGUGACACAGCCACGGACACUGGGCGUUCGGGCACCCUACCCUGGCCAGCCCAGGCCAUGGGGACACCCCCUGGGACCAGUCCCUGGAAGAGGGAGAGGGCAGCCAUGCUACCCACGGGCUGCUCGAUAACCUCAGCCAAGUUCCUCCUGGGCUGCAGGAGCCGCUGUAGUAUUGGUAGGAAAUGAUUCCCGCGUGCUGGACAUCCACUCCUGGUGCUCUGUAUCUACCCAACACUCUCUAAUACAGAUUUGUUUAGACACUUAGUAGCACUUCUGAGCUGUUACCCCAAGGGCUGUGCUGAUUUUGAUCCCAAGGGAAAUGGGAGGUGGUCAGAACAAAAAUCAGCCGUAACAUUGCUGAAAUGCUUCUCACAGGAUGCAGCCCUGUGGCCACUAACUUGCUCUGUGGAGGAAGUGCUUGCCAGUACUUUCAAAGGCUUCUUUAAUUAAUAAAAGUGGUGUGACUUUACCUGUCAUUUAAA